UGUUCAAACUUUUUACUACAUGUAGUUAACUAACCUACUAGUUAACCUAGUACAAAGUUUAAGAUGUAUAGGCGUGUAUAUGUGGGUUUUCUCUGACCCCGCCAACCCGCUAAUGGGAUAGGGAUAUUAAGUUUGUACCUGCGCCGAGAUUUCGUCAUUGUAAUUUUUCUCAACGCCAAAAAUUAUUUUUCAACUUUGACGUCGAUCGGAUGCACCUAACCUAAUGCAAUAUAGGCAUCUUCUGAUAUAUAUCAUUUGACUAAAAUGGAUGUAAAGAUAGGUCAGGCACUGUAGCACUUGGAAUUAAUACCUGAUUUAGCUUGGAGCAGCUCCUAAAUAAUCUAAAGAGAAUCACACGAGAGCAAAAUGGCAUCAUUCUUGGAGCGGACGACAGUCAAUUCCAAGGUUCAGCUAGCCGCAACAGCCAUUGCUUCUGGAGCUGUCGUCGCGGGGACAAUCCUAGGAUACCAACGUUUACAGAGAAAGGAGCGCAUCAAUCAGCUUAAAGAAUCGAUCCCUUCGUCGCUUGAUGAGGGAAAGAUUACCAGCUUUGGCGGCACCUCGACAACCGAUAAAGAAGAUCUCCGAAAUCAGCUACUCGCGAAACGGGCACAAGCUGGCGACUACGACGACGAACUGAUACUCGAACAGCUUGCACGUAACCGCGUCUUCCUCACACCGGAGGGUCUCGGCAAACUACGAAAUGCUUUCGUUAUAAUAGUUGGCUGUGGAGGUGUGGGCUCUCACUGCACGGCAGCUCUAGCACGAUCGGGUGUCUCCAAGAUUCGCUUGAUCGAUUUCGACCAGGUAACGCUAAGCUCACUAAACCGUCACGCCGUUGCGACGCUGGCCGACGUAGGCACACCCAAGGUUCAAUGUCUAAAGCGACGGCUUUUAGCUAUAACUCCAUGGGUACAUUUUGAUAUACGGCAGGAAAAAUUUUGGGACCAAGCAGCUGAUAGACUGCUGGACUCGUGGGAGAACGGACAAAAGCCUGAUUAUGUUAUAGAUGCGAUCGACAACAUCGAUACCAAAGUUGCCUUGCUAAAAUACUGCCACGAUCAUAACUUGCCGGUAAUAUCAUCCAUGGGAGCAGGGUGUAAGAGCGAUCCAACUCGGAUUAUCGUGGGUGAUAUCGGAACUAGUACCGACGACGGUCUGUCGAGAUCUACUCGGCGACGCCUAAAACUGCUUGGAGUCACCAAGGGAAUCCCAACCGUGUACUCGACAGAGAAGUCAGGCGAAGGAAAGGCUGAGUUGCUCCCACUUCCCGAGGACGAAUUUCAGAAGGGUAAAGUAGGUGAUCUAGGAGUGCUGCCAGAUUUCAGAGUGCGGAUACUGCCAGUUUUGGGCACCAUGCCAGCCGUGUUUGGAUACACAGCAGCAAACCAUGUCAUACUCUCUCUCACUGGAUAUCCACUCGACUAUGUUCCGGCAAAAGGUCGCGAGAAAAUGUACGAGGGUCUCCUUGCUGCAGUCCAGGGAGGGGAAGAGAAACUCCUCCGCUACAUGACCGGCGGUGACCCCAGCAUCACCCUGGGCCUAAAAAUACCCAUCACAACAGGAGACAUGGCGUUUCUAGUCGAAGAGAUAUUUAAGAGCCGAAGCGCCAUAAGCGGACUCACAACUCGUCUAACUUUAGUGAGGUGGCGAAGACCAGCGGACUCCAUACUGAUAAGGAUUGGGGAGGGCACCGACGAGCAGAAGUCAUCGAACGUCAAACUUUCGGACCUCGUUUGCAUGACCAAGGAAGAGAGCACAAGACACGACAAACAGGUUCUGCGAGGAACUGAGAGGCCUGAAGAGGUAUACGAUGCGGCCACGGUGGAGAAGGUGGAGGCAUUACUCAGAGAUACUGCCAAGUAUGAGAAAUACAGGUAAUAUUAAUUUUUCUGCUACGCGGCCUCACGGCCUCCGUAGCAGUGGGUGUUUUCUCAUUAUUCUCUUAAGCCACUUCCAGGCCACC